UGAAGUAUUCGUGAGUCGAAGCUAUGGUAGAGUUUCCGGGAUUUUCUCCGGGUUUAGUGGUGCAGCCAAAGAGCAGAAUGACACAUAGCUGUCGGUGAUUAUCAAUGUUCGAUGCAGGCCAUAAAGCGGUACAUUCUGGUGUCCAUCUGCGGAAUUUUAGCUCUCGUCGGUUAUUUGAAGUUGAGCAUCUUUCAUAAACAUGCUUUCCCAUUGGGCACCAGAGGCGAACGCCACAUUUUCCUUGAUUCAAACGAGUUGGAAAGUUUCUCCGCGGAUUUUAUACAGUCACCCAGAAAUAGGAGGGAGACGACAUCACAGAACAAAAAAUCGCGAUGUCGAAUGGAGACGUGCUUUGAUUUCAACCUGUGCAAAAAUGGAUUCAAGGUUUAUGUGUAUCCGCUGGAUACCUCACACCGUUUGUCGACUACCUACUCUAAGAUCCUUACAUCUUUCCAAGAGUCGAGGUAUUACACAUCCGACCCCAACGAGGCCUGCAUAUUUAUUCCUUCCAUAGACACCCUCGAUCAAGAUGUUCUUAGUCAAAAUUACAUUCAUGAUGUACAGACCAAGCUUCAUAACCUGCCUCAUUGGAACAAUGGAAAAAAUCACAUAAUAUUUAACAUGUAUUCUGGGACCUGGCCCGAUUAUGUAGAAACCAUUGGCUUUGACAUUGGUCAAGCGAUGUUGGCCAAAGCCAGUUUUUCAAUCGGCCGAUAUAGACCAGGAUUUGAUAUUUCGUUCCCAUUGUUUGCCAAAGAUCACCCCCAAAAGGGAGGAGAAAGAGGCUAUUUGACUCUUUCCUCCAACAAUAUUCCGUCUUCGAGGCAUUACUUAAUGGCUUUCAAAGGAAAACGUUACCUUACUGGAAUAGGUUCGGAAACUCGCAAUUCUUUGUAUCAUAUUCAUAAUUCUAAGGAUAUAGUAUUGCUGACCACAUGCAAGCAUGGGAAAGGCUGGCAGAAGAAGAAAGACGCUCGUUGUGAGAAGGAUAACGCUGAAUUUGACAAGUAUGACUAUAAAAAACUUUUAUAUAAUUCCACAUUCUGUCUCGUGCCAAGAGGAAGAAGAUUAGGAUCCUUUAGAUUUUUAGAAGCUUUACAUGCUGCUUGUAUACCUGUGUUGCUAAGCAACAACUGGGAGUUGCCAUUCUCUGAAGUUAUAGAUUGGAAUCAAGCAUCAAUAUGGGGGGAUGAACGACUUCUAUUACAAGUUCCUUCUGUAGUGCGGUCGAUAUCACAACCAAAAAUAUUCUCCUUGAGACAACAGACACAGUUUCUCUGGGACUCCUAUUUCUCAUCCGUUGAUGCCAUUGUCGGCACAACUCUAGAGAUAAUACGUGAUAGAUUUUCUACUGAGCUGUCGCGAUCUCGGAACCUGUGGAAUAUGAUUCCUGGUGCUAUCUCUAUCCUCCCUGAAUACUCUGACGUCCUUGAGUCUUUCCCGUUCUACUACGGCCACCUCGCCAUGGCCCCGGCUGCCAAGUUCACUGCUGUAAUAUAUGCAACAACGCCUGUGAUUUCGUCCUCACCUCUCUUUAGAUUACUGAGAAACGUGGCUAGAUCGGCCAAUGUAGAAAAGAUUAUCGUGCUGUGGCACUGUGACAUACCGCCUCCUCCCUCACACAGAUGGCCGCCAGACCUGGGGGUUCCGGUGCUUGUCAAGACCAGGAGCAUAAAGACUAUUAGUUCUAGAUUUUAUCCAUACAAAGAGAUAGAAACCGAUGCUGUGUUUAGUUUAGAUGAAGACGCAUUGCUCACAACCGAUGAAAUCGAUUUUGCCUUCAGUGUUUGGCGACAGUUCCCCGAGAGGAUUGUGGGAUACCCUGCACGGAACUACUACUGGGAUGGAGGGAAAAAUAGGUGGAGCUACACAUCCAAGUGGUCCAAUGAAUAUUCCAUCGUUCUUACUGGUGCUGCCAUCUACCAUAGAUACUACAACUUUUUAUACACCAAUUUCCUGGCAAGUGUUCUGGUAAAGACUGUGGACCAGUCAUCCAACUGCGAGGACAUCCUUAUGAACUUUCUAGUCAGUCAUGUGACCAAGCUUCCACCAAUCAAAGUCACCCAAAGAAAACAGUACAAAGGCAUGCUAGUGGGCGGUACAAACGCCAGUAAGGCCUCGACGUGGUUAGACCAAUUUCACUUCGCACAACGGGAGAUCUGCGUGGACACAUUCGCUAAGGUGUUCGGGAGCAUGCCUCUGGUACGUUCCAAAGUUCGGAUGGAUCCACUGCUGUUCAAAGAUCCUGUAUCAAACAUGAGGAAGAAAUAUCGCCAGAUCGAACUUGUAUGAUUCUCGGCAUAUUUUAGCCAAAGUUUCUUUUCAUGUGAUUUGCCUGGUGGUUUUUCUUUUUUGAUCACAGUACCUUGGUUAUACUUGCCGUUAAAUAUCUCAAAACAGUUCUUUUUAACCCUCUCACCCCUGCCAUCUGUGUACCUUCGGUUUAAUAAGGAUAUAGAAUUAAGGGGUGGAAGAGUUAAAAUUGCUGAAUAUGUCAAAAAUAGUUGAUUUAUUGUUUGAAAAGUCAAUUUCAUAUAAUUGUUUGAAAAGUCAAUUUCAUAUAAUUUAUUGUUUUCAAAAUAAUUUUCAUAUAAUUUU